UGUGGGAGCGUGUGGAUGGACGUGUCCGCACGGGUGUCUCGUGCACACGCGGAGCCCACGUUAACUGUGCCAUCUGGUCCCGGCAGGAGUCAGGAGCCCGUGCGUUUGUUGCUAACUGUGUAUUUGUCCUGGUGAGAACUGCUGGAAUCUUCUGAGAGUGAAAAACCGAACCGGAAGAUCCAAGGGGGUGUUCGAGCCGAGCACCUGCCCCGCCAGGGGGCCCGGGGCGAGGCCCCUGCUACCACCUGCAGCUGCUCUCUCCAGACCCCCCCCUCCCCCCCCCCAGCUCACCAGCGCCCACGUGACUGGUGGGGCCGGCCGCAGCCACUCCCGGUGACGGUAAGCGUGUACCUCCCGCCGCGGCUGCUUGGGCCGCGUGCGUGGUUGUGACCUCACACUCAGGCCGCUGUGGUCCUGCCCCCGGGACCAAGGCUGCGCUCACCCCCCAUGGAGUGUUGCUCUUGGUGCCACUUUGAGGUCGGCUGCAGGGAAGCUUCCGGGGGGCCUCCGAGGAGUGCUGCUGCGGUGCCCCCACGCGCGCACUCUCAGUCCCAUGUUCCCGUGACACUUUGGCUGUCUCUGUUGGGGUUCAGAGUAGUCUCAGAGCGUGAAAACUCGCUCUGCUUCAAGUGUUGCCAAAUCCAAUGCCAGCUGCAACCUCAGGGUUUCCACACGUCAGCGAUGCCAUUUCUGUCCUGGGAAGCCCCGUAGGAUGCGGCCCACCCUUGCCUUCCACGGGCUCCUGGGCCGACGUGCGCCCUCCCGUGCCUUCCCUGUGCCCUCCUCGUGUCCUGCCCGCACCCCGUCGCUCCUUCGACAAGAUGAGUGCCGUCGCCACUGCCAUCCUCCACGGCACUUCCGGUUUCUCCCACGUCCCUGCUUCACCUCCCUGGGCCGAGGUCUGCGGUUAUGCCCUAGAGUCCACCUCCCCGUUAGUGGGGUUUGGUUUUCAGAAGCAUCCUUCCCAUUGGCCGGUACUUCCAUCCAAAUGUUGUUUUCACGCAGGAAUCGUGUCGUUCGUAACACGGUGCCUUUCUGUGCUCCAACCCCCGGGGUGCUGGCCUCGCCGUCCAUGUGGGAUGGUCUCUGUGGUCCCCCAGGGGUCUCCCUGAUCAGGUAAGCCCUGCCUGGCCCCACACCCUGAGAAGAGGGGCAGAAAUCCGCCCUAAUGAGGCAAAGUCCCCAGGACCCUCGGCUCUGCCAGGGGCAGCUGUGAUGUGGCUCACCUUCUCCAACAGCCGGACACCUGGCCAGAAGUGGCCACGGCUCCCUCCCAGCCCCUCAGCUCAACCUGGGUGUCCCCAGAGUGCCCAGAGACCCCAGAAACCCCUUGGUCAGCAGGCCUUUGUUCUGCAGCAGGAACGCGGUCUCUUGUUCUGUCCUCAAGGGAAACUUGCAGAAGAUUCCCUGAGGAUUUCGGCACACAAAAGUGUCGCGUUGUCACAGGGUCUGCUUUUCCUGCACUCUUUUCCUCGGUUUCCCUGGGGGUGGGGGUGACCCUCCUCCCGUCUUGCAGAUGGAUCUGUGCGGCCGGAGCCAGAGAGGGGCCCUGCGGGAAGCCAGCAGGAAGCAGGCCUCGCCCCGCCGCUGGUCCAGAGUGAAUGGCUGGUCGUGGCCCCUGCACACCUUCCAGGCGGUGGCCUGGACCAUGCUGUUCAUCUUGGCCUUCGCCAGCUUCGGUAUCUUCGUCCCCUUGCUGCCGCCUAACUGGAACUUGGUCAUCUAUGGUGUGACGGGUGGGCUUUUCUGUUUCCACUUCGUGGUCCACUUGCUUGCAAUUUCCAUCAAUCCUGCUGAAACCAACAUACGGCUCAAGAACUACUCGGAGCCCGUACCCACCUUCGACCCAUCCAAACACACGCAUGUCAUCGAGAACCAAUAUUGCCACCUGUGUGAGGUCACUGUGAACAAGAAGGCUAAACACUGUAGGGCCUGCAACAAGUGUGUAUCUGACUUUGACCACCACUGCAAAUGGCUUAACAACUGUGUAGGGGGCAGGAAUUACAGAUAUUUCUUCUGCUCCUUGGUCUCUGACUCGGCCAGCCUGCUCUGCCUGAUCACCAUCCUGCUGUACAUCUUCAUCCAGUACUUUGUCAACCCGGAGGUGCUGCGCACUCAUCCCCUCUAUGAAGACGUCUCCAAGGACACUUGGCUGCUGUUCCUUCCUUUGUUCCCUGUAAAGACGAAGACCCUGGUGGUCCUGGGCAUUGGGGUGUUCGUCCUGCUGCUGUCCGCCCUCAGCCUCCUGCUACUUGGACACCUGCUCAUCUUCCACCUCUUCUUAAUGUUCAAGAAGUUGAGCACGUAUGAGUAUGUGACACAGAACCGCUGUCAAAAGACUCCAAGAGUUCCAGCAGGGAGGAAAGAGCUGUCCUUCAAAAUAAGCACGCCACAGAGAGCAGUGCAAGGAGACCCCGCCGCAGCCAAGGUGUCCGGGUCUGUGUCCCACCAUCGCCACGUGCCGGGAGAGCUCCCCGCUGCAGGCAAGUGCAACUAAAGCCACGGUAAGACGGCUGGAACGGCUCCCUCAGAAAGGCUACCGGCGCCAGGAGCGGGAGACACGGAGGGACCGGCGGCCCGCAGGUAGCCGUGCGAAGUCGUCGGGGGCUUCCGGUGACACCACCGUGGAAAGUAGUUCGACAGUUUCCUAAGAUCUUCAGUGUGUUCCUAACCUCUGACACGGCGACCCCCACGCAGAGACCCCUUCCUGGGAAGGCCCUGAGCCACACGCACCUGAAACUAAUGACGGACUUGAUUUGCUACGAACAAGCCUCAGUACCAACGAUUUCUUCUUCUUUUUCCUUUACUCCCACAGGCAGCCACGGGUGACCUGCAAUCACCCUCACACAGGUAGGUUGUAAGCUUCCCGGACUGGUUCUCUCUGAAUGAAAACGGCUACGCGCUCUUAAGCCGAGUGCUUUGGAAAGUGACUCACGUCUGAUGGGGUAUUUUGAAAUCAUGUGACAACACAGUAGGAAAUAACGCCGUUUCGCGUAGCAGUGCCACGUACAGCUACGCAGGGACCUCUUGCGCUCCACAUGCUUGGGGAAAUGCAGUAAUUGUCUCCCUGCGGACGACUCGCAUCUCAACCAGCACGGCAGCGGCAGCGCUCAUUUCUUCUGUGUGUCGGUCGGAGAACGUGUGGGGAGCAGGUCCCAGCCUCCUUUCUGUGACCUCCGAUAAUACGUAGUUGCCUGUCGCUCCUGAGCCAUGCCUGCUCAUUCUGAGCCCGCGAGGAGUCACACAGAGGACAGCCCUGCACGCGCACACACACCCAAAGUGCACCCCUGCAAAGUCACAGAAGCAGAAAGUGGCCCAUUAUGAAGGUCACGACCCAGGGGGAGCACACAUUUUAAAACGUGCACUUGGUCUCCACUUUGAAAUCGUACCAGUGUGGAGAGUCACCUCGGAACACGGAGAAACGAGAAAUGUGCUCACGUUAGGGUGAGGGUCUCGAUCUGCCAGGGCUGCCCUGACAAAGGACCACAAAACAGGUGGCUUAAAAAGCAGAAACGUACUGUCUCACUGCUCUGGAGGCUGGAGCUGGACUCACCUCGACGUGUCCCCAGUCACAGGACCUGCACUUGGCUUCUCUCCUUGGCUCGUACCUGAUGCUGCUUUCCCUUUGUCUCUUCAAUUUUCCCAUUUUGCCCCUUUCUGGCAAGAAUGAUUAAAAAUUAACGAACCAGGAGGGCCUGCCUGCCCUCUUGCACGGACGCGGUCGUCAGGCCGAGGGCCUGCCCGUCUUCUGGCAUGGACGUGGUCACCCCUCUGAAGGCCUACCUGUCCUCUUGCAUGGACGUGGUCGUCGGGCUAGGGCCUGUC